AUCAAUCUGCUGUACCCCGCCACAGAAUUCCAAGCUCCAUGCGACAAGAAACUUAGACAACAAACCCACUCGCUACUCGUUCCUCUCGUCACACCCUGAGCAGUCCCUAACCUCGUGUAGGUACCCAGUAGGAAUGUCUGCGGACUUCUGGUCCGGCUACGUCUCGGGCGCUGCAGGCAUCCUCAUCGGCAACCCACUGGACCUCAUCAAAACUCGUAUACAAGCCGGAAAUGCAUCCUCCCCUUCGCCUUCGCCGUCCGAUCUACCGGGAGGAGGUCAACAGCCAUUGCAGACACAGCAACAGCAACGGCCGUCUAUCAGAGGCCACUUCGACCGUGCAGGUACUUUAGUUAGGGGCACCACAGCCCCGAUCCUCGGCUACGGCGCCCUCAACGCCAUCCUCUUCGUAACCUACAACCGCACGCUCUCUCUCCUGCACACCUCACCUCCCCCCUCUUCCUCCGGCACCCCCUACUCGCCCUCCGACCUCUUCAAAGUGUGGUGCGCCGGCGCCGCGGGGGGCCUCGCAACGUUCGUCGUGUCUGCGCCGACGGAGCUGGUCAAGUGCCGGGCGCAGGUGUCGCGGGGCCCGACGACGAGCUCGUGGGCGAUUGCGAGGGAGGCUUGGAGGGCCGAGGGCGUGAGGGGGUUGUACUAUGGGGGUGGGAUCACGAGCGUGAGGGAUGCGGUCGGUUAUGGGUUUUAUUUCCUGUCGUAUGAGUGGAGCAAGCAGGCACUGAGCUCGCCAGAAGAUACGGAUCGCGAGGCUACGUUAAAGGUGCUUUUGUGCGGAGGAUUGGCUGGAGUUAUUACGUGGGCGUCGGUGUUUCCGCUCGAUGUUGUCAAGACAAGAGUACAGACCCAGUUGCUGAACACCAGCGAGCAACAGCGCCCUUUGCUACGGCCGCAGACCGGAUCACUUCCGCCGGAUUCGACUAGGAGACUUAGUACCAUGGAGAUUGCCAGGCAGGCAUAUCAGAAAGAGGGGGCGGGCGUUUUCUUCCGCGGACUGGGCAUUUGCUCCGUACGAGCGUUUGUCGUCAAUGCCGUUCAGUGGGCCGUGUAUGAGUGGAUGAUGCAGCUCCUUCAACCAACAUGA